AUGGUCACCCGAUCACCCGCCUGUAGCCCCCGUCCGGUAAGACGAAGGGUGAAAGUUAGCAUAACGCACGCCCACACCUCAGCCACCAAAUUAGUAAGGCAAAGGUAUUUUACUUACUUUAGCUACUGUAGCAACGGGUUGCCAGGCAAGCCCGGGCAGCCAGCUUGUGCAAAAGCUGUAAAAUCGGGGUUUAAAAGCGUUAGCGCAAACUUUAAAUUAUUAAUAAAAAAACGGGUCGAAGUAUAUAUAUAUAUAUAUAUAUUUAUUUACCCCUUUCGAGCUAUAUUGCUCAUGGGGAGCUUUACAGAUCGGGUUAACUACAUGAAGGUUUUUGCGCCUCCGCGUCUUCUUCCGGUAAUUAACGGCCGGAAUUACUUUAACUUUUGCAUUUACCUUUGCAAGCGUACGGCUGGUACGCUUUACAAAAAAGUAACCCAACUUUCGCAAAUAUUUUAUUUGCGUAAAUAUACGUUUUUAUACGUACUAAAUUGCACGGGUUUUUCAUUUACGGGCCAGGUAUUAAUUGCUAGCAUAAUGCACUUUUUUAUAACAAUAUAUACUAUUUAUUUUGUAACAUACCCUUUAAGCAAGCUUUUUGGGUUGUUUCUUACCGCGCUUUUAAAGGUUAAUUGUAAAAGCGCAUUAGCUUUAAAAAGUAACGAAGCAAACGUUUUUUUUUUAAAGGGUAACCGUAAAAGCGCAUUAACUUCGAAAACCAUUACCGGAAAAAGCAAAAAUAAGCAAUUCGCGUUAAGCGCAAAAAGCUUAACCAAGCUUAAAUUUAAAAAAAUAAGUUAUAGCUUUUUGCUUUUUUACCAAUUUAUUGCACUUUCGUUAAUUUCGUUUUAUGCGCGUAUAAUGCAAAUUUGCAAACGGUUAUGGCUAUUUUAA